AUGUCAUCCCUUCCCGGUCCAGAUGUUAUCGUGGAGUCUGCUAUGAAGAGCGAGGACCCAGAUACAGUGCUUACUGUCGGAGAUGUCGACACCAAUGUCUCGAAGCGACAGAGCCUCUCCGAUUUGUUCACCAUCUUCUCGAGUGGAUUUGCUCUUAUUAGCGAUGGAUACCAGAACAAUCUGAUGACUAUGACCAAUGUCCUUUUCAAAGCUGAGUAUACCAAGCAGUACGUCUCGAAUGUCAGCACAAGAGUAUCCAAUGCGCUGCUCAUCGGUGAAAUCAUUGGCCAAGUCGUCAUCGGUCUGACCUGCGACUAUCUUGGCCGCAAAUUUGCCAUUGUCUUCACUACCUUGAUGAUCGUUAUAGGUGGUGUCCUCGCUACCGCCUCUCAUGGUGUCACCAUCGAAGGCAUGUUCUGGAUGAUGACUGUAGCCCGGGGUAUCGUCGGCUUUGGUGCCGGUGGUGAAUACCCAGCAUCCUCAGCCUCCGCGUCAGAGUCUGCCAACGAACUGCUUCCCAAGCACCGUGGUCCAGCAUUCAUCAUGGUGACCAACUUCCCAUUGUCCUUUGGUGGUCCAAUUGCAGUCUCUAUCUUCUUGAUUGUUCUUAUGGCCUGUGGCCAAGCACAUUAUAGUACCGUGUGGCGCGUGUGCUUCGGUAUCGGUUGCAUCUUCCCACUGACUGUGUUCUACUUCCGCAUUCGUAUGCUGAACUCGGCACUCUACCGCCAUGGUGCGAUCAAGCGACGUGUUCCCUACAAAUUGGUCAUUCGAUACUACUGGAGGACGCUGAUUGGUACUUGUGGAACAUGGUUUCUCUAUGACUUUGUCACAUUCCCAAAUGGGGUUUUCUCAGGCACCAUAAUUUCAUCCGUUGUCGGCAACGGUUCAAUCAAGCGGACUGCAGAAUGGCAACUCCUUCUCGGCGCCAUCUCGCUCCCUGGAGUCUUCCUUGGCGCAUGUCUGUGCGAUAAAGUCGGCCGUAAGAAUGUGAUGAUGAUAGGAUUUGCAGGCUAUCUUGUCUUCGGUCUAAUAAUAGGAUGCACCUACGAUAAAAUCAGCAAGGUAGUCCCCCUCUUUGUCGUCAUUUACGGCUUGAUGCAAAGCAGCGGAAAUUUUGGCCCUGGAAAUAUGCUCGGUCUGCUUUCCUCGGAAUCAUAUGCGACCGGUGUACGUGGUACAUGCUAUGGAGUCUCAGCUGCAAUUGGCAAGGCAGGGGCUGCUAUUGGAACGCAGGCAUUUACGCCCAUCAAGAAUCAUCUCGGCAAUCGGUGGACUUUCAUCAUUGCUGCCAUAUGUGGCGUGGUCGGCAUUCUGGUUACUUGGUUUUUUGUACCUGAUCUGUCGGGUGAGGAUUUGCAGGUGCGAGAUGAGAAAUUCCGUGCUUAUCUGGUGUCUAGGGGCUGGGUUGGCUCUAUGGGCGAGGAUGAUUUGAUGGAUGUAGCCGAUUAUGGCCUGCAAACCGUUGCAACUAAGGCAGUGAUUUUGCCCAAGGAGGACCGUUCGUAG